AUGUAUAUUUUGGUGUUAAUUGUAUAUGCGGGCGGCAGCGGGGCCGCGCGCUGCGUCAACGGCAGCUGCGUGUGGGCGCCGCACGCCUUCGCGCUGGCCGCCUGGCGUGCCACGAGCGGCCACGUGCGCGAGUGGCCGCCCGCGCCCGCGCACGCCGCCACCCCCGCCCCCGCGCCGCUGCUGCUGCUGCAGCCCGGCACCGAGCUGGAACUCACGCUCACCUUCACGCCGCCCGAGUCGGCGCUGCUCGCCGCCUACCUCUACCUCAGAAACAAUCUAACCAUCUUGGAAGGGAUAUUUUUGAUGGGCGAAGGAGCUUAUCCCAGUUUCGAGUUAGCAGAAAGAAAACCUAACUCGACGGUUCCGAUUUCAUUUGAGGUGUCCGAGUGUGGCGGCGCGGACGGGUCUGGUGGCGUAGUGCGGCGCACGGUGGUGGUGCGUAACACGGGGCGCGUGAACGUGCGCCUGCGCGAGUGGCGCGUCGCCGGUCGCGCGUGCCAGGCGCGCGGCUUCCGCCUGCAGCCCUGCGCGCUGCUCGCGCUCGCGCCUAACUCGUCACGCGCGCUCGCGCUUGCCUUCGCGCCCGAUUACACGCUGGCGUUGGUUGGCGCGCGCCUCGAGCUGCGCUGGGAGCGCGGCCGCGCACAUUUUGCCCUGGCGGCCGCUGCGCCUGCGCGCCUACUACCGCACUGCACAGCCGCCGCGCCGCGCCCGCCCUGGGACCCACUGCUGCGGCCCGCCGCCGCGCUUCUCGCUGCCGCCGCCUUCGCGCUCGUGCUGGCCGCCGCCGCGCUCGACGCCGAACGCUUGCUGCGCCGUGCGCGCGCCGCUCGCGCGCCUGAUCCGCACCUCGCGCCGCGCGCGCCGCUCGACCUGCGCACCGCCGCCGAGCCUACAUCCGCACCCGCGCCCGGCCAUGCCCCUGCGCCUCCCCGCGCGCCACCCGCCCGCCGCCGCCGCGCGCCGCGCCGCACGCCGCCCGCCCCCGACCCGCACGCGGAGCGGCGCGCCUUCGAGCGCUGGCGAGCAGAAAUGUUACGCCGCCCGGACGACGACGAUUCCCGCUCCAGCGAGGACGCCGACUCCACUUCCGCCGACGCCGAACCACCGCUGCCGCACGUCGAAGAUCUCGCAACUUCUCCGCUCGACAACGACGAACCAUUUGAGUUGCAACUCGACCUGCCCCCAGAGAUCGACGACGACGACGACGACUACGAACCAGAUCGCGAGCGUGAUGACGACGACGAACGGCCGUCGAACAGCGGCGACGAGGACGCGGUCUCCAGCGGGUCCAACGCGUCGACGCCGGCCAGCGACAGGGGCGAGCUCGAGGAGCAUUCCGAACCGGAGGAGAACGAAACUACCGCAAACCGCGACACACCCACAGACGCAAACGACGAUCGACUACAAAUUCCGAUCGAACCGCCCACAAAAACUCCCGACUUUAAUAAUGUAUCGCCGCACGUUACUCGGCCUCGCCGCGAGCACGGUGACACGCCUCGACGCAGCGAAAGGUCCAAAAUGGCCGGGUCGCCGGAAGUAUCACACGCGCGUAGGCCGAGCGGCAAGCACGGCCGCAAGGACAAGAGUACGAAACGGCGGAACGAGCGGGUGAUCGUCUCGGCUGGAUCGCCGACGCAAGGCGACGUAGAGCCGGAAACGGAGGAGGCGACGCGUGUGACGACCGGAAACGGCGGAGGUUGCGGCGCAGGAAGCAGCAAUGCGCUACGUUGGGGCGCGUCGUGGAGCUCAGUGGUGGCGGCACGUGGCGCGCUACCGCCCAUCGGCUCGGAUGUUCGCCGCACCGCGCCCGCCCCCGCUCCCGCACCAGUCCCCGCCCCCGCGCCCGCGCCCGAACCCACCCCCGUGUCCACACCCGCGCCCGCACCUACCGACCACUCACUGUUCUACUUCAACGGCGACGGCACCGAGCUGCCGUGGCGCGCUACAACGCUCGAUCGCCCCUACGCCACACACACCACGCCCACGCGAGACUACUUAGAGGAAGCGAGCGGCGUGAGCGGUGUGAGUGGCGUGGGCGGCGGGUUCGACGCGCUGGGCGGGGGGUGGGGCGGCGCGUGGGCGUGGGGCGCAGCGGGCGCGGUGCGGCCGCCGCCCGGCUUCGGCGCGCCGCCUCGCCCGCCGCGCGCUUACGAUCCCUUCCGCUCGCUCGCCUCCAUCUGGGCGCCCGGCGCCGCCGACUGGCGCCUCGACGCUCCCGACGCCUCGCUCCCCGCCCCGCCCACCGCCACACACUCCGCCCCGCCCGCCGCCGCUGACCCCGCCAACCCUGCCAACGACGAACGCUAA